AUAUCCUUGGAUCAGAAGAUCUUAUCGUGGAUGUGACUUCCGAUGAUGCUGUGAGAUUUUAUCCCUGGACCAUUGAUAAUAAAUACUAUUCAGCGGAUAUCAAUCUGUGUGUGGUGCCAAACAAAUUUCUCGUCACUGCGGAGAUCGCAGAGUCUGUACAAGCGUUUGUGGUUUACUUUGACAGCACACAAAAAUCGGGUCUUGAUAGCGUCUCCUCAUGGCUUCCGCUGGCAGAAGCGUGGUUACCUGAGGUGAUGAUCUUGGUCUGUGAUAGAGUGAAUGAAAACGGUGUAAGCCGACAGAAAGCUCAAGAAUGGUGCAUCAAACAUGGCUUUGAAUUGGUAGAACUUAGCCCAGAGGAGUUGCCUGAGGAGGAUGAUGACUUCCCAGAAUCUACAGGAGUAAAACGAAUUGUACAAGCCUUGAAUGCCAAUGUCUGGUCCAACGUAGUGAUGAAGAAUGAUAGGAGCCAAGGCUUUAGCCUCCUCAACUCAUUGGCUGGAGCAAACCAUGGCGUCGGGGCAGCAGGGACCUGCCACUCAGAGCAGCAGCGGAGUUUGCCAGCAGCAGACAGGGCCGAGCCCCUCUCGGAUCAUCGGGAUGGCGCAUCGAGCACGGCAGACACCCCAGGUGACAGCACUGUGGAUCCCAUGUUAGAUCUGGAUAUUCAAGAACUGGCCAGCCUGACUACUGGAGGAGGUGAUCUGGAGAAUUUUGAAAGACUGUUUUCAAAGUUAAAGGAAAUGAAAGACAAAGCCGCGACGCUUCCUCACGAGCAGAGAAAGUUGCAUGCAGAAAAGGUGGCCAAGGCAUUCUGGAUGGCAAUCGGGGGAGACAGAGAUGAAAUCGAAGGCCUUUCAUCUGAUGAAGAACACUGAGUUACCCACACUAGAACUGACCAGUGAAGAUGCUGGCUCUCUGCCUCCUCGGGUCAGCUGCACUGGAAUCGCCAUUAUCUUGGUGGCUGCCUGAGUUGGUACUAGGGCUCCCUUCAGUUUAGUUUUUUGGGGGGUGGGGUUCAGGAGAAACCUUUUCUCCCUCAGCAUAUCGUAAGGGAGUGAGGAGUACAGUGACAAUAAUGAGUGAGAAUUUCUCAGACAUACUUUGUGACUCUAGGAAUGGAGGUUGAAUGAGUCUUAGAGGGCUACGUGAUUUGCCCAAGGUAAAGGACAGGACCUCCAAGUCCUCGUCAGCCUUACAAAUCCAUUUCCUCCCUUCACACUCGGUCCCUGUAGAUGAGGAGCUGGUGCUGUCCUUGCUGGGUGUCUUGGAUUUUCUUCAUUCAAGGAGCUCGCGGCUGUGAGUUAUGGUGCUUUUGGGGGAGGAAGAAAAGAUGCAGAUUUGAUCCACAGUGUGGAUCACAGUGUGAUACAUAGAUAGCGUCAGAGUCUAUCCUGCUGGUUAGUCUCUAGCUACAACAAUCCUUAAAGUAUAGCUCCUGAGCUCAUGCUGGGAACUGAAGAGCCAGCGUGAGGUUUUAGUAGUAAGUGAGGCAAAGGUUUCCGACUCCGGUGGGAUAACAAACCCUCUGCUGAGUGUGUGUGUAAGAGAGAGGACUUUGAGGGACUCCUUUGGGGCCAUCAGGACAGCAGGUGCUCCCGUGCUGAGAUGGCUUUGUCGGCAUACUAUCAUGGAGGAACUUCGGAGCUGCCAGGGCUGUGCAGUCACACUUCAGACCCUCAGCCCAGGCGCGUUUCCCGCUUUCCCUUGUAAAGCCGAGACCGUGGCCAGGGCAGCAAUGCUAAGCGGUGGGUGAGGAUGUGAGCUGCCAGGCCGUGAGUUCUUGGACACCUGGCCUAGUUCCAGGGUGGACCUCCCCUCUGUGCCCUUCCGGGACCACAGUCCCGAGGGAAGACCUUUACUGCUUAUCCUCUGUCGCGUUGGAGCGGUGAGCCCAAAAGGGCUGGGUCACCAAAGGGAAAGUUUCCAAAGAAAGUGUGGGAAGUACAGCAAAUAAAAAUCCUUCUUUCUUUCUUUCUAGACACUUUUCUAAUGUUUGCCAGUUACUGCCAUGGCUCUAAGUGGGCCCAGGGCACCGAGGACGGAUUCUGGUCUC